AUACAAAAAAGAGCGACGGUGACGACAGCAUUUGGCGAUAAUGAAACGAUAAAAGACCUGUGGAACAUAUGCUUCUGGGCUCUGCCUUUUGCAGUGACACAGCCCCCGCACAGUAUUAUUGUAGAUAGUGCAUCGCUCAGACAUUGACACAGUCGCGUGCGAAGACCCCAGCCGAAAAUCGGGGAGUCGAAAUUUGAGGCUCUAUCAAAAGUUAGUGACAAACAAAUGAUAGCAGUAUGGCUACACUUGGGGCAGCGAAUGUAAUCAAUUGAUUCUGCUCGUAGGAGUGGGACGAAACCGGUUUGAUGUUUGUAAAUUAGCUAGUUUCGUGGUCGUGAUCGCGGUUUAUGGGUACAAUAAUUAAAAACCCCGAAAAAAAAGCGAUACAAAAACCCAAAGGCAAAGGCGAAAUAUAUGCGAAGCAAACGGCAAAAGGAACACACGUUAGUCGGUGAUCUGUCGGCGGGCAAGCUCUCCAAGCACAACCAAAUCCGAAACGUUACGCCAGCGGAAUCCGAGCUCCGUCACAAGUUCUAUAAAGAGCGUCUGUCAAAAUGCCGCGUUCGCAUUUCACUCGAAGGCAUUGUCUAGCGAUGACGGGCGGAUUAAUUGCAACGGGGCUGCUGCUCAUCUGGUGUCUGGCACACUCUACGAUCGUAUCGGGCAAACUAUACGAUCCCGCCGCUGACAAAUCAACGCUCGAGCUGCUGCAUGUGGUAUUCCGACAUGGACCACGAACGCCGGCGGAUACGUAUCCAAGGGAUCCGUAUGUAAAUGAGACCUACUAUCCCUAUGGCUGGGGACAAGUAACAAAUAAUGGCAAACGCGAGCUGUUCAACAUUGGUACUUGGCUGCGUAAGCGUUAUGGCAAAUUUCUGGCGCCCCACUACAGUCCCGAUCUGGUGCACGCACAGGCGACUGGGGUGUCUCGCACCCACAUGACCAUGCAGACGGUCUUGGCCAGCUUCCUGCCCCCCAAAGGCACCGACAUGGAGUGGAAUAGCAAGUUUAAUUGGCAGCCCAUACCUGUCUUCUCGCAGGAGCUCAAUGAGGACACGCUUCUACUCGUUCGCACGCCCUGUCCGAGGUAUUUCGAGGCACUGCAUGAGGUCUAUGACCUGCCCGAGGUGAAGCAGGAAGUGGCACCCUACCUGGACAUGUACAAGGAGCUGGAGACACAUACAGGUCUCAGCUUCAAGGAGCCUGAGGAUGUUCAAUCGCUCUAUCUGACGCUGCUGGCCGAACAGGAGUGGGGUCUGAAGCUGCCCGAGUGGACCAACGAGUACUUCCCGGAGAAACUGCAGUUCCUCGCCGAGCAGAGCUACGUUUACAAUGUGUACACACCAGAGAUGCAGAAGAUCAAAGGCGGGCCCUUCCUCAAGAAGAUGUUCGGCGAGAUGCAGCAGAAACAGAACGGAACGCUCAAGCCGAGUGCCCGAAAGAUGUACAUCUACACCGGCCACGACUCGACGGUGGUGAACAUUCUCUCGGCCCUGAAGAUCUGGAAGCGCCAGCUGCCCCGCUACUCGUCCAUGGCCAUCUUUGAGCUGCACAAGAGCAAGGAGACGGGAGAGUACUGGGUGGAGAUCUACUUCCGCAACGAUCCCAAGGCGCAGGCCCAGAAGCUGACUGUGCCCGGCUGCGAGUUCAAAUGUCCGCUGGACAAGCUGCAGCAGCUGGCCAGGGAUGUGGUGCCCACGGAGCUGGAUGAUAAUCGCUGUGAUUCCCGCAACGAGGCAUUCACAGAGCCACCACUGCGUGGCCCAUAGAGGCCGUAGAGUGAUUCUUACAGGUGCUACAAAACUCAGGGAGUGGGACAUGCCAGUCAGUCAGUCAGUCAGUCCUGCCGGUAAGCCUCAAAUAACUAGUUAAGUCAGUCGUUUAGCCUAAGCCAAAUAAAUGUGUUAUGGUUCCAGAGUUCACUUCA